UUUCUGCCACGUUGGCUUACAUUCACAUAUCAACUUGUUUAUUCUGGUCAAUCGUUUUAUUUAAAAGGCUUUUGUGCAGCUGUUAAGCUAAUAUAGGUGUUCUAMAGGAAGUGUGCAGUGUGAUUUUGAAGUAAUUCACGAUGAGAGCUGCUAUUAUUUGCGUUUUCUUGCUCGUUUUGAGCACAACUUAUGCAGAGGAGAGUCACCGGCCUAAAGCACACGAGGAUAAACUAGCUGAUGCUGAACAUUACGUUGACGGUGAACACAAUCCUGAGCAUGAUCAUGAAGCUUUUCUAGGUGACGAAAAGGAAGAAUUCGAUAAUCUAGCCCCAGAGGAAGCAAGGAAAAGGCUUCGUGUUUUGUUAAAGAAAGUCGAUUCUGACAAAGACGGUGCCAUAACAACAGAAGAACUUACGGAAUGGGUCAAGAAAGUCUUCAAAGAACGCUCUCUACAUGGUGUGGAAAAGGACAUGGAAGAUAAAGAUACUGAUCACAAUGGCAUGAUAAGCUGGAAUGAGUAUAUCAAGGGUACGUAUGGUGAGACGGGAGAGGAUGAUGACGAAGUUAAAGAACUUUUACAGCGCGAUAAACGCCGCUUUGACGCUGCUGAUGGCAACAAAGAUGGCUCUUUAAACAAGGAAGAAUUUGGGACAUUCCUGCACCCAGAGUCCUCACCAGAGAUGGGAGAUGUUCACAUUGCUGAAACUAUAGAAGAUAUUGACAGAGACAAAGAUGGUUUUGUCAGCCUAAAGGAGUUCCUUGGCGAAUACACUGAGGAAGAAGGAGCAGAGACACCAGAAUGGGUCCAGGAAGAAACCAAGCGAUUCAAUGAAGAAUACGACAAGAACAAAGAUGGUAAACUAGACAAAAGCGAAGUCAAAGAAUGGAUUCUCCCUGAGACUGACAGCAUUAUGGCAUCUGAAGAAGCAAAACAUUUAGUUACAUCAGCUGAUGAUGAUGGCGAUGGCAAGUUGAAUGCAGAGGAAAUUGACAAGCAUUAUGCAGUAUUUGUAGGUAGUGAAGCUACUGACUAUGGGCGUGCUUUACCCCAGCAUGAAGAACUUUAAUACAAACUGACUCUAGUUUUGUUCAAGUUAUAAUAUAAAUGUGUCACUUGUAACUGGCAUUAGCAUUUAUAGAUAGACAUUUCUUGCAAUGAUAUUAUUGCAUAGUGCUUUUAUGAAACAACAUAUUUGAAAUAAUUAUCAGAUAGUUCUGGAAAUGCACUGAAAAAUAUUUACGACAAAUCUUGCUUUUUAAAAAUUUGCUACCUCAGAUUUCCUUGAAAUGUUUAGCGGUUUUUCCAGUGUUUAUUAUUCCAAAGUACCACUUGAUUUUCAUAGUAAUUUAAAAUAGUAAAUCAUAGUAUAUUGUCUGUAGAGUAAAUGAAUAUUGUCUCAAAAACAAAUUGUUAUUAAACUUUUUCUAACUCAA